UAACAAACCAUUGAAAGGGAAAAAACAUCGUUAUUCAUUAACCGGACGGAGCCCAGAUAUAUAAAGGACGCUAGAAAAUAGGAAUUAAUCGGAAAAAAGAAAAGGUAUCAGAGAUGGCGUGCAGGACGGUAUUGCGUUCCGUUUUCAUAACUGAGCCGUGGAGGCCUCUGCAACGAAACGGGAAUUUCCUUUCUGUUGAAACGUCGAAGAGCUUUGGAAUUUCUUCUGCGAAGAGAGGGAGCUGCGGAUGUUACGUGACGGCUGUUAGGGCUCGAGACAUUCACUUUUCGAAACCAAGUCAGAAGCUGAAUUGCUCUCAUAAUGAAACGCCGUCGCCUUCGGCGUCCGAGGAGGAUGAGCUUGAUCAAGGUCCUCCUCAGGAAGCCAUUCUCAAAGCAAUUUCAGAGGUAUCAAAAACAGAAGGGAGAGUUGGGCAAACCACAAAUGUGGUUAUUGGUGGUACAGUAGCCGAUGAUUCAACUAAUGAAUGGCUUGCUUUGGAUCAGAAGGUCAACUCAUACCCCACUGUUAGAGGAUUUACUGCUAUUGGAACUGGAGGUGAUGAUUUUGUGCAAGCUAUGGUUGUUGCUGUUGAAUCUGUUAUACAACAGCCAAUUCCUGAGGGUCGGGUGAGGCAGAAAUUAUCAUCCAGGGGAAAAUAUGUAUCUGUUAACAUCGGUCCUGUUCGGGUUGUUUCCAGUGAACAGGUUCAAGCUGUAUACAAUGCUAUGAGGAGAGAUGAUCGGAUGAAAUACUUUUUGUAAGGUGAUCCCCAUUCUUGCAUUCUGCAGAAUACGAUCAUGUAGGGGCAGUUUAAUUUCCCUUUUUCUUCUUGCUGGUUUUUUUUUUUUCCCUUUCUCAAUUAGUCAGUUUAUUUUCUUUGAUUAACCAAAAGGCACCAUCGUAGGCACGGAAUCAUUAUUGAAGUCAAAUAUUUAUCUCUUUGCUAAGCGAUGCCAAUCUGUAUUUGAUGAUAUAUAUAAUAUUUAUUUGUCAAUCAGAAAUUAGUCUGCAUUUAGUGUAUUUCAUUCAUAGUUAAUCAUCCUUUUAUUGAAGAAAAAAUAAGAUACGAUUUGUUCUCCCAGUACUUGAAUUCAUGAAAGCAUUUUUCAUCUACCCUCAUCUCUAUUCCCUUCUCCAUUUGCUCCUUAAAUUUUCCUUGAGUCUUCUUAGAAACCUUCUUUUUUAGAAGGUCACUUGUCAGGGUGAAGAAAGGGUGGUUGGGAGACAUGCAUGUGUU